AUAAAACAUAUUAUUCAAAUACGAAAUGUUUGGUGUCCGAUGUUUUUGCCUUUUAUUGCUCUCUUUUAAUUUAAUUAAUGGUCUUCAUCCACCAUCUUAUAUUAAGCCAUGUUCCUUAAGCGAUCCAAAUUUAAAUGAUUGUGCAUUAAAAAGCGGCAUUGAAGCGCUUCCACAUCUUUUAGAAGGAGAUAAAAAAUAUGGCAUACAAACUUUAAACCCCUAUUACGUAGAUUUAAUUGAAGUUAACCAGGGCGAUUUAAAAGUAAAUCUAAAAAAACCUGUAACAACUGGAUUGGAAAAAGUUACACUAAAAGCUGUAAAAAUUGAUACGGAAACGAAAAAAAUGUCAAUUAAUACAUUAUUCCAUAACAUAGUGGUAACAGGAAAUUAUGAAAUCAGUGGCAAAAUUUUAAUUUUACCAAUUGAAGGACAGGGAAAAUUAAAUAUUACAGUUGUAAACGGACUUUUUACUUACGAAUUUACUAUUGCUAAAGAAAUAAAAAAUGGUGUUGAAUAUGCAAAAGUAACUAACGAUAUUCUAUUAAUGGAUAUAGAAAGAGUGUUUUUUAAUUUUGAAAACUUAUUUAAUGGUGACAAAAUACUAGGAGAUCAAAUAAAUAAAUUUUUAAAUGAGAAUUGGCAAGAUGUAUUAAAUGAAGCAGGAGGAGCUGCAAUUGAAGUACUAAAAGGAGCUUGUAAAAACAGUUUAAAUGGUUUAUUUUUAAAAGUACCAUAUAAUGAAUUAUUCUUACAAUAAAAUAUGUCUUACAUAUGUUUUUAUGU